AAUCUCACAAGAGGAAACAUAAAAAAUAAAAAAAUAAUAAAAAAAAAACCUCAGCUUAUGUUGCCAAAGCCAAUCUCUUAGGAUCACGCUUUUCGCAUUGUUUAGAAAAGAAAAAUGAAGAGGUCUCCAACUUCUUCUUCUUCUUCCUCUGCCUCUCCUUCAUCUUCUUCCUCAUCGUCUGAAUCUCCUCAAAAUGUAUCAGAGAAACCCAAGGCUAAAAGGCCAAGAAAACAUCAAAACUCUGAUCAGAAAUGCUGCUUGAAUGCUACUGCUAACAGUCCUAACUCUGGCAGAAGGAGCUCCAUUUAUAGAGGAGUCACCAGGCAUAGAUGGACUGGGAGGUUUGAGGCUCACCUUUGGGACAAGAGUUCGUGGAAUAACAUUCAGAACAAGAAAGGAAGACAAGUUUAUUUGGGAGCUUAUGACAGUGAGGAGGCUGCAGCUCGAACCUAUGAUCUCGCCGCCCUUAAGUAUUGGGGGCCUGAAACCACCUUGAAUUUUUCGAUAGAAAGAUAUGAGAAAGAGAUUGAAGAAAUGAAGAAGGUAUCAAAGGAAGAGUAUUUGGCAUCUCUAAGGCGGCGGAGCAGUGGAUUUUCAAGGGGAGUUUCUAAGUACCGUGGGGUGGCUAGGCAUCACCACAAUGGGAGGUGGGAAGCCCGAAUUGGUCGUGUUUUUGGGAACAAAUAUCUCUAUUUAGGAAUCUAUAACACACAAGAGGAAGCAGCAGCAGCAUAUGAUAUGGCAGCAUUAGAGUACAGAGGGGCCAAUGCCGUGACCAAUUUUGAUAUUAGCCAUUACAUUGAUCGUUUGAAGCAGAAAGGAAUUUUAUUUCUAGAUCAAACGCAAGAACAAAUCCCAGAUUUGCCUGAAGCUCAACGAGCUGAAGCAGAAGUCGAACCGAAACAAGGAGAAGAAGAAACUGACAAGCACCAACAUUUUCAGUACAUGCAAAUGCAGCUCCCUAUAUGUACUGACAAUGCGACAAUGGUUGGUAUGGAGACAACUGAUAGCAAUGAGCUAGCAUGGAGUUUCUACAUGGAUUCAGGGUUGACACCUUUUUGGGAUUCGGACUUUGGUCUCGAAAGAACCGAUGAAUUACCAAACUUGUUUAAUCACGAUACAGGGUUUGAGGAUAACAUUGAUUUGAUAUUCGGCAUAGGGCCUAAUGAAAGUGAGGAAAACCAGGAAUGAGUGUCGGAUGAUCCAGUUGGUGCUUCCAGGAACAAGGAAGAAGAUAAUGGGAAGGGUAGCUUGUUGUCUGAUUCUCCAUCUUCCUCAACAACCUCAGUUUCUUGUAACUAUUCUGUUUAAUGGUUUGGCAUUUUGGGUCAAGAGUUGGCACUGUUGGGAGUUUGUUGUUGGAAAUCUGUUGUGGGUGGGUGGUGGAAUA